AUGUCAUCCAAGACCGCCGCCGAUCGUACCCAGCGUCAACUGCUCGAGCUGCUCCAUGAACCGGGCAAUCAGGAAUGUGCGGAUUGUAGAGCUAGUCAUCCGAGAUGGGCAUCGUGGGACCAUGGUCAGUGUGCUGACUCCUACCGCCGGUGUCUGAAGCCGAGAAGCCGAGACCGAGCUGACUUUUUUCCCUGCAAUUCCUCAACUUCGCAUCUUGGGCGCCCACACUUCAUCUCUGCACCCCACGACCUCGUACGAUGAUCUUCAGGCGUCUUUCUCUGCGUGCAAUGUGCAGGCCUGCAUCGCAAGAUGGGCACCCACAUCAGCCGAGUCAAAUCCCUCACCCUCGACGUGUGGUCCAAGGAACAGGUCGCCCACAUGCGAGCCAGGGGCAACACCAAGUCCAACGCUUUGCUCAAUCCGGACCCGAACACGAAUCCGUACGUUCCAUCGAGAUGGGUCCUGGUCGUGUGGGGAUAGUGGGCAGAAUCCGCGGUGCUGAGACAAGUGCUCUUUGGCUCUGAACAGUCCACCGUCAUCACUCGAUUCGAAUGAACGCGAAUCAGCUUUGGAACGCUACAUUAGGGCCAAGUACGAGUACAAAGAGUUCAUGCGACCAUCGACACCGCAAGCAACACCUGCUCCACCACCACCACCGACUGUCGCUCCGACUUCGACUCCCGCUCGGCCCGGGACGACACCACCCGAUGUCUCAGCAGCGGACAGGCCCACUGUGAAUCCGCCACCUCCGUCAUCUGGCCCAUCUCCAACAACGUUAUCAGUACCAAACUCGAUGUCGCGCCCAAGAUCAUCGACGGGUCCUCCCCCCGUCGUCAGGGUGUCGACCCCUCCCGGACCCUCCAAGCCAGCGGGAGGUCGAACGACCCCUUCGCCCGAUCACGCAUCCAAGCGCGUACGGUUCCGUUCCGAAUCCCUCUCCAUACCUUACCUCGACGACGAUAAACCCCUCACAAGAACCCCUUCGCCUGCACGCGACCGGAAAGCUCCUGCAAAGGGGAUCUUACGGGCUCGUCGUGAAUACCGGGGUGCUUCAUCGAUCAGCGCGUUGUCGGUUUCCAACGUCAAUGGGACGACGACAAAUCGGUUCGGGUCGAGUUUCUUCAGCUAUAUGCCACCCGAUGAGGACGAUGAUGACGAGGACGACCCUCCCAUGACGGCGUUUCCUAUAGCCCAACGAUUGGUGCCGAUGCAUACGGGCAGUGCGAUCGCGUACAAUUCGCAACGAGGACCAGGUGUGAUGGGGUAUGGUCAACCCAAUGGAGCUACUUAUCAGAUGCCGUUAUCGAAUCAAAUGACCGGCAACACCAAUCCGUUUGGUCAAAUGUGGAAUCCGCAUCAGCAGCAGCCGCAGCAAUCUUACCCCCAACAGCAACCCCAGCGGCAGCAACCUCAACAACAGCCUCAGCAGCAGCAAGCAUACAACCCAUUCAACGGAUCCUCGACCUAUCCAUCCCCCUUUCGGCAUGGUCCCCAACCCAGCCAGCAAUCGGCUUCUUAUACUCAAACCCAAGUCGCCCCUUCACAGGGUUCGAUCUGGGACGAUCUUGGCAUGCUUGGCUCGAUCGGAUCCAACAGCAUUGGUCCUACGAACAACAUGAACGGCCACCAUCCUCAACCCCCGCCACAAGCACCGCCUUCAUCCAACCCCUUUACUUUCCAACCGAGUCUGACCCUCCAGACAGGGUCCAAUACCUCGAACAUCUUUCCUACCUCACAGCCCACGACUCCUGCGACCUUCACCCCUCUACGCCCUCAACUGACGGGUUUCAUUCCCUCCUCCGAUUUUGGCAAACAACUUGUCGUCGAGGGUUCUGCGAAGCAAAACAUCUCGCAGGCAUCGACCCCAACGACGUUUCAACCCACUUUCCUAUCGACUCCGACGUCAAGUUUCGGUCCUCCUUCCCCUGCGGGAGGGCCUUCGGUCUCGCUUCUUCGUCCUCAGUUGACGGGAUUUGUGCCUUCGUCCAAAUUUGGCUUGGAACUCGCUCAGGAGAGUUCUCAAAAACUGGGUGGAUCGGGAUCUUCUCCCAGCGGCGGGUUCAAUCCCUCGAAUGGGAAUGGGAACAUCAAUGGACAUGGUCUCCAACCUCCCCAACCUCAUUUCGCGGCCUACAGCAACGAUAACGGAGGAGGAUCAGGACCUCCUUCCCCCGCUCCGAUGGGCUCACCCGCUCAUUCAUCCACCGUACAAGGCUUCUCGAUCUCGUCGACGUCGAGCCCUUUCCAACAUUCUUCAAUGUCCGUGAACGGGAAGGGGAAUUCGAAUUCGAAUGGGCAGACUUAUUCGACGACGAAUCCUCAGGAUCCUUACACGAUGACGAGCUUGCAAACGGCUCUACCUGCGCCGACAUAUCAACAACACCAGCAACAGUCAUCGCAGAAUCCGCCACAGUACUUGCAUCAAAACUCGGGCUUCAAUCCUUUCUUCGCCCAGCAACAGCAACAACCACUUGGGAUGGGAGGCUUGACCCCUCAAAGAACGGGUACGAACCCUUUCCUGAUGAUGAAUGGACAGUAUCCUCAACAGCAGCAGCAGCAGCAACAGCAACAGCAACAGCAACAGCAACAGCAACAGCAACAGCAACAGCAACAGCAGCAGGCGACUUCGAUGAUGAAUGGGGGUCAAUGGAGGUAG